AUGUCAUUACCAUCUAUUGCUGAUACCGAUUCGGUAUUUGCAUCCGACGAUAAACCUUAUGUUUUUGAAAAUCCCAAUGAUCUCCCCAUUGAAACUUUAAUCAACCACAUUUUACCUUACCCGCAAGAGUACGCCAAUAGAUCAGUCAAGAUCCCCGGCACUGCUGAACCUGGCCAUACUGAAAUCUACCGUAAUCUGGCUUGUCCUGGAGGGAUCAAGUCCAUGUUGGUUCCGGGAAUGGACACAUAUGCUAAGGUGUUUAAUUCUACCGCUGAAAGACAUCCAGACCGUCCUGUUUUUGGGGUCCAUGAAUAUGAUUACGAAAAUGAACAACAUCUUGAACGUUACAAGAUUAUCAGUUACAGUGAAGCUCAAGAAAGAAAGAGAAAUUUUGCCAGUGGGUUGUUCUUUUUGCUUGAAUCUAAUCCAUACAAAGACCUCAAUUUAGAAUCACAUAGAAAGAUUGAUAAUCACAAGAAGGAUUACAAAAGUUACAACAGUGAUGAUCUUUCAUUUGUGGUUGCCAUGUAUUCUGGUAAUCGUGUUGAGUGGGUAUUGACUGAUUUAGCAUGUUCUUCCAACUCCGUCACUAGUACUGCAUUAUACGACACCUUAGGUCCCAAGGCAUCGCAAUACAUUUUGGAAACUACUGAGUGUCCCGUGAUUGUCUCUGCUAAGGAACACAUUAAGCAUUUAAUUGAACUUAAGGAACAAAACCCAACCAGUUUGUCUUCGCUUAUCUUGCUUAUCUCCAUGGAUCCAUUGACCAAGAAAGACGCUGAAUUGAUUAGAUACGCCGAAAAUAACAAGAUCAAAUUGUUUGAAUUCAGUCAGGUGGAAAGGACCGGUGCCAUUUUCCCUCGUGCUGAAUGCGAACCAAACCCAGACACUGUGUUUACCAUCAGUUUCACUUCCGGUACUACUGGAUCAAACCCUAAGGGGGUUCUCUUGCCACAAAAGUCGGCUUUGUGUGCUAUUUUGGCCUACUCGUUGCAAGUUCCCCAUCAUCAAAACACCAAGGAAUUCUGUUUCCUACCAUUGGCCCAUAUUUUUGAAAGAUGUAUGUUGUCCAGUGUCUUUUUCUUUGGUGGAUCCACGGGGUUCCCCAGAUUAGGAGGUACUCCAUUGACAUUAUUUGAAGAUUUGAAAUUAUGGAGACCUACUUUCAUGGCCAAUGUUCCUAGAAUCUUUACCAAGUUGGAGGCAGGUAUUAAAGCAACCACCGUCGACUCUUCGUCUCCAUUGACCCGUUCUUUGUAUAAUUCUGUUAUUGAAGCUAAAAUUAACAGAAUGCAAUCCAAAGACGGUCACAAAGGUAACCACUACAUCUAUGACAAGUUGUUCAUCAAGAAGUUGAGAACCUUGAUUGGGUUUGACGAUAUUGAAUUUGUAUUCACUGGUUCGGCACCAAUCUCCCCAGACUCCAUUGAGUUCCUCAAAGCCAGUUUGGGUAUGGGUAUGAUUCAAGGAUAUGGGUUGACUGAAAGCUUUGGUGGUAUUUCCAUGUCCCAGCCCUAUGAAGCUAAAGUUGGUACCUGUGGUGCUAUUUCUCCUAGUGCUGAAUGUAGAUUAAGAGAGAUUCCGGAAAUGGGAUACCUGAAGAAUGACAAGGGUGGACCAAGAGGGGAAUUACAGUUGCGUGGUCCUCAAAUCUUUACCAAGUAUUACAAGAAUCCAGAUGAAACCGCCAAGGCUUUGAGCGAGGAUGGGUGGUUUAGUACCGGUGAUGUUGCUCAAAUCACAGAAGAAGGUAAGUUGAAGAUUAUUGAUCGUGUCAAGAACUUCUUUAAGUUAUCUCAAGGUGAAUAUGUCACUCCUGAAAAAGUGGAAAAUGUUUACUUGUCCGGUAACUCUAUCUUGACCCAAUGUUAUGCCCAUGGUGAUCCAUUGCAAUCGUUCUUGGUGGGUAUUGUCGGUGUUGACCCAACUAACAUUGUGGAUUACUUGAGAAACCAGUGUAAUGUUCAAUUAGACGAUUUGUCCACUGAAUCAAAGAUUCUUGCUGUAUGCAACAAGCCGGAAAUCAAAACGAGAAUCUUGUUGAAUUUGAACCAAAAUUUGAAUGGUAAAUUGAACGGAUAUGAAAGAUUGCACAAUAUUUAUAUUGAGUUUGAACCAUUGAGAUUGGAUAGACAAGUGGUUACUCCGACCCAAAAGUUGCGAAGACCUAUUGCUGCUAAAUUCUUCAAGAAGCAAAUUGAUGAUAUGUAUGAUGAAGGGUCAAUUGUCAAGAAACCAAGAUUGUAG